AUGCCCAAGACAAUCUUGAUCCUUGUCGGCGACUACGUCGAGGACUAUGAGGCCAUGGUGCCAUUCCAGACGUUCCUCACGCUCGGAUACACGGUCCAUGCGAUCUGCCCCGGCAAGAAGGCCGGCGACUUUGUCAAGACGUGCGUCCACGAUUUUGAAGGCGACCAGACCUACUCGGAGAAGCGCGGUCACAACUUUGUCGUCAACUUGGCCUUUGACGACGUGACGGACGCGGCCUUGGAGCGCUACGACGGCAUCUACAUCCCGGGCGGCCGGGCGCCCGAGUACCUUCGCAUGAACCCGCGUGUCGUAGCGAUCGUCCAGCACUUUGGUGCCCGCAACAAGCCGAUCGCAAGCAUCUGCCAUGGCCCGCAGAUCCUCGCGGCUGCUGGCUUGCUCAAGGGCCGCCAGUGCACAGCGUACCCGGCCCUCGAAAUCGACUGCAUCAUUGCCGGCGCGUCGUGGGUCGGCAAGAAGGCCGACGAAGCGUGCGUCGACGGCAACCUCGUGACGUCACCGGCGUGGCCCGGCCACCCCGCCCUCUGCGCCGCCUUCAUUCGCCUUCUCGGCACGACGAUCCAGUAG